AUGACGCCGCAUAAUAUUCUUAUUCUUUAUAUAAAAGCACAAGAAAAUGAUGCCGGACACCAUAGCAAAAAAUUAAAUUUAAUUCAAAAAAUCCCUAAACUUGAAUUGACAAUAAAUCGCAUUGAUGUAUUUCUAGAAGAGCGUGUAGUUCUUAAUUUAUUUGAAAAUAGGGAUACAUCUCUUUUACGUCAAACAAUACAUUAUGAUACUAGUUUAUAUCGUUUACAAGCAACAAAUGAAUGUGUUACAGCAACAUCAUGUUUUGAUAUACUUUUUCAAAUACUUCUGUCAUCACAAUGUGCACCAUUACAAGUGAAUGAAACCAAGAAAGAUUAUGUUAGUUUUGCUUGGCAUACGUGUUCAGAUGAGGAUGAAGGUGAAUUAUUAUCAUUUCUUAUUCAAGAGCAUAGAGAAAAUACAUCGAUAUAG